UGUGGAUAAAGUUGCAAUUUAGCACGCCCACCACCAGGUGUCGCAAUGUGAGAGAGAAACGAGAAUCCCAACCUCAUUUUUUUUUCUUUGAGAGCGACUGAAAUUUCAUACAUGUCUCACUGUGCGGAAGUGGAGCUUCUGUUUACAAACCAGCAGCAAACCUUGGCGAAUCAGCGAGAACAAAAAACACAUCGCCGUAGAUUGAAUGCGCCAUGAAGCCGCAGCCGUCCGGGGCGCAAAGGCGAGCGUUUGCGCCUUCGCUGUGCGGAUCCGAAGCCGUGCGGUCGAUUCAGGAGGAGCUCGUCGCUGCGAUACACGGAGCUCUGGACGUGGCCGUGGAGAUGGCGGUGCGGGAGGUGCGGACGCUCGUGAGUCAGGCGACGAGCGACAUGUACGUGGAGCUGCGGGGGGAGAACGAGUCGCUGAAAGAGAAGCUGCGGCGGGCGGAAGAGCUGCUGGCUGAAUGCGAGCGGCUUGAGCAUCAUGACGGCGGCGUUGUGCGGAGAAGCGAGGCGCCCCACCCAACUUCCUGCGGUCUAAACGCGGAUGCUGCAGCAGAAGGCACGGAGGUCAGGAGUGAGCCUGCAGGUCAUGGCUGCCCUGGCCCGGUUGUCCGAGGUGAAUACAUGAACAGACGUGAGGAGCUGCUAGCUAAUGUCUCCUCGGAACAAGGAAAGGAUCGUAUCAAAGAUCCCACUCAGAUGGCGUCUCAGAUGAUUGCAUUGAAAAACAAAGGUGCAAUAGCAUGUCGAACCCCACGAGCUCCAGAGUCUGUGCCACCUCUCAGCACUGCCAUCAAAUCUACAACGGAGCAAGUUAUCGUAAAGCAGGAACGACUGGAAGAGCAAAGGAGUGGGGCGUCCUGCUGUCUGGAAUUAAUUAAAGAGGAAAACUUGAGCACGGAGGGCUUCGGGUGGCCACCAGAGGAGACGCAUAUUCAGAGUCAAGAUCCAGAGACACGUCUUGUCCGUGCAAGGGUGGAUCAAGCUUGUCCUCCAGACAUGAGCAGCAGCCUCCCACCAGCCUCCGAUCUUCAGUCCGUGUGCCCAGAGUUUCCAAACAUCUUCCACCUGGCAGAACAAGCUUCCGUAUCACAAGUUCCUCCGCAGGUGCACAGAUUCCACGUCGAAGCAGGCCGCAGCGUCUCCACCGUUCCCACGUGCAAGUUCUGCGGUCAGACUUUCCCCCUGCCCAGCCUGCUGCGGCGACACUACGGCCAGUGCCGCCAGCGGCUCCAGCAGCGCUGUCUGCCGCCCGUGGCGGGGGGCGCGCGAACCAGGCUGCAGCUGUACCCCCCGGGCUGCAGCCCCUUCCGCUGUACCGUGUGCAGCCGAGAGUUCAACCGCCUGGAGAACCUGAAGACCCACCUGCGCAUCCACACCGGAGAGAGGCCGUACACCUGCUCCGUGUGCCUCAAGUGUUUCCGCCACUCGGGAGCGCUCACCCGGCAUUUCCGCAUCCACACCGGGGAGAAGCCGUACGUCUGCGGGCAGUGCGGGAAGUCGUUCAGAAACUGCGGUGGGCUCAAAUUCCACCAGCGCUCUCACAGCAAUCACCAGCAGUAGAUUAAGAGACUGUUGACUUCUUUAAUGCAUUAAGUUAUAAGUAUAUUUGUCUGAGCGCUGAGGAAAGCGCUCCGCCGCAGCCAAUUGCAGCCCUCCACCCUCUCUGCACCCCCGCCCUCCACUCACCCUGGUGGAGGGCGGGGUGAGUGGUCUGCAGUCUUCCCCAGCAUUAAUUUUGGCUACAAUUGUCAAAUUUUAAUGAUUGAUUUUAGAAAAAAACUAUUAAUUAGCUGUAAGUCAAAAUCUGUAAAGAGUCAAUACAAUACGCUAAUGUCAUGUUUUGAAAAGAAACAAUUAGGGUUUCAAUUGCAUUUUUGAUUUAUUGAAAUGCUCUGAUGCUUUAAGGGUAAAUAUUUUUAUAAGUGGUUUUUUACAGGGUCCUCUUUUCAAAUGUUGCCUUGACAAAGUGUUUUCACAAAUUAGCCUUUUUAAUUACGGGAUGGAGCUAUAUUGUCUGAGUCGGCAUUUAAUAAAACCUUCAAACAGUGGAAUGUAUUUAACUUAUAUUAAUAGCGGUAUGCAGGUAUGGUGUAUUGUGCUGACAAUGGUUGUGCAUAAUGACAUUUCAUGUUUUUCGUGGGGCCUUCUGGUUUCAAAGUGCUGUUUCUUGUCAUUCUAUUUUUAGUAUUUAAAUAAAUUCAUUGUAUGAGCCAGUUUGA